UGCUCGCUGACCACUGAAAACACCAAGUGCUUAUUCUCUGGCAGUCCUGGAUGUCAGGGUGUGGCUGGGCCGAGCUCCCUCUGCAGGCUCCCAGGGAGGACCUUCCUGGCCACCUCCAGCUUUUGGUGGCUCUGGCGUCCCUUGGGUUGUGGCUGCCUCCCGCCUCUGCGUGUCUUCCCUCCCUUCUCUCCGUCUUCCCUUUCGCCUUGAGUCUUCUGUCUUCUGUGAGGAUUUAGAGCCUGCCUGGGUCAUUCGGGACAAUCUCCGUGCAGGGUCCUUCACUGACGCGCAUCCUCAGAGAUCCUUUUUCCAAAUAAGGCCAAGAUCACAGGUUCCGGGAUAUGGAUGUGUCUUCGGUCAGGGGCGGGAAGGGGGGGUUUGCCCUUCAGCCUCCUACCGUGGCCCUGUGCUCCACCCCUCAGCACCCCCACCCGAGGCAAGCCUGGAUCUCACCCUGCUGGGUCCCACAGGCAGAGCGUGGGCUGGAGUGAGUGGGGUCGCCCCACCCCAUAGUGGGAGCCCCUAGCCCAGCCUCCUGGCCUCCCACCAUCCCAGUCUCUCCCUGGGUGGGGUUCUGGCUCCACAGGUAACCAAGAGAGCUGCUGGAGGCCUGGAUGUGCCUCAGUCCUUUCCCAAGGAGCUGCUGCUCCUGGUUCCCAACCACACCGGUCAUCACUGCUGCUGGAAGGUGGCUGGGGCCUCCUAAAUGCUUCUUUCUUCAAACUGCUGCAUGUUGCUCCUUUGCUGGCUUGAGGAAGGGCCCUGGUCUUGGGCCCUGGAGUUCAUCCCAGGAUCAGAGGCUCUGCAGGCUCCAGGCCCCACCAGUCUCUCUGAGGAGGCUCAGACGGGGCCAGGGGUCAGGGCAGCUUCGCAUGCCCUGAAAAUGCAGAUUCAGCACUGCAGCCCCCCACCGCCCAGAGGUUGGUUUAUUUCAGUAGAAAUACAUGCUUUAAACUGGGGUGUCUGGCUGGGCACGGUGGCUCAUGCCGGUAUUCCCAGCCCUUUAGGAGGCUGAGGUGUGUGGAUCACCUGAGGUCAGCCUGGGCAACAUGCUGAAACGCCAUCUCUACUAAAAAUACAAAAAAGUAGCUGGGUGUGGUGGUGGUUGCCUGUAAUCCCAGCUACUUGGGAGGCUGAGGCACGAGAAUUGCGGAGGUUGCAGUGAGCCAAGAGGGUGCCACUGCACUCCAGCCUGAGUAACUCCAUCUCAUCAAUAAAUAAAUACAUAAGACAGGGUGUGGAGGCGCACACUUGAGGGAGUGGUGUCAGGUGAGGUAGGGGCCGGGUCUGCAGGCAGCCUCUGCCUGGCCUGGGGUGGGGUGGCUCUGCCCAGUGACAUCACUGGCAUGGAGGACAUGGCCCCAGAGCUGGGCAGACUGGGGUCCCCAAUCUGCAACUGUAUGGCCUCUGCCAGUGGACUCAGCCUCCACAUCCUCACCUGUGAAAUGGGCCAGCAGUAAUGUGUUGUGGACAAAACUGUGUGCUGCGUGUGAGCUCUGCUUAGCCCCUCUGAGGGUCAGUGGCUGCCCCUCCUGCCCCUGCUUCCCGAUGCUCCCUGGAACUCAGCCAGUCUCUGGAGUACCGACAAUUCUCAGAACCUAGCUGGGUUCUGAGACCUUCUUUGAUGUGAAAGUGGAAGGCUGGCCCCAGACUGGGCUGCUGCCUGCCAAGCUCAGCCCUGGGGAAGUGGGUCCGUGAUGCCUUUUCUCUGUACACAGCGUCCAGUCUCUGUGGCUCCCCUGGGGUCUCCUGAGCCACAGCCCCUCCCAGCCUGGCCAGUCCCCUGAGGCUUGUGCAGGGAAAGGCGCCCGGCAGAGGUGGCUUCACCCAUUGCUGUCCCCUUUCUGGAUGGGCCUGGGUGGGGGACAGAUAUUGGGCACCUCCUCCCAGGAGGGGAUUUGUUUUUUAUUUGCAAAAUUUGAUCCUUCGAGGGCCUAUUCAAACGCCCAGCCGCUCCCUCCCUCCUCAGGGGCCUCCUUUGCGGGCAGCUGGUCCUCUGGGCGCCUCGUUAGCUCACCAGGACAUGCCCCACUUUUCAGAGCCGCUGAUUCUCCCCGAUCCUUGCACACGAAGCGAGGAUGCGGAUGCACUGUGCCUUCUGGAAUGCCUCCUGCAGCCUUCAGAACACGCAAAAGAGCUCAUUACCAAGCCCCCCACUGGCCCCCAACUCCCUGCCUGCCCCCUCUCCCCACCUGCCCCCACUCAGCCCCCAACUCCCUACCUGCCCCCAGUCCCUGCCUGCCCUCCACUCAGCCUGCCCCCCACUUCUCAUCUACCCCCUGCUCCCCAUCUGCUCCCACUUGGCCCCCCACACCCCAUCUGCACCCCACUCCCCGUCUGCCCCCACUUGGCCCCCUACUCCCUAUCUGUACCCCACUCCCCUCCUGUCCCUGGCUCCUGGCCUGCCCCCCACUCCCUACCUGUCCCCCAACUUGGCCCCCCACUCCUCGUCUGCCCCCUGCUCCCCAUCUGCUCCCACUUGGCCCCCUACUCCCCAUCUGUACCCUACUCCCCAUCUGCACCUCACUCCCUGUCUGCCCCCCACUUGGUCCCCCACUCCCUACCUGCUCCCACUCCCUGUAUGUUCCCCCACUUGGCCCCCCACUCCCCAUAUGCACCCUAUUCCCUGUCUGCCCCCCAAUUUGGCCCCCCACUCUCCAUCUGUACCCCACUCUCUGCCCCCUACUUGGCCCCCCACUCCCCAUCUGCACCCCACUCCCCUCCUGUCCCUGGCUCCUGGCCUGCCCCCCACUCCCUGCCUGCUGACUGCUGCAUCCCAGGCUUCUUCACACCCUCUGGCCAGGCUCUUUUGAGGUCAAGCACAUGGGCCCCCAUCCUGGACUCAAACUACACCUGUCCUUCUGCCCAGUUCCUGGACUGUGGGUUUUGGGGUGAUAGCUGUGCCUCUGGGCCUCAGUCUCCUCAUCUGUAAAACGGGGGCAAUGGUGGUUGUGAGGGUGAGCUGGUGACUUGUAGAAAAGGAUGGGGACCCACGCUUGUGCUAGUGACGUGGGCUCCUGGGACAUGUCCCUGGCCCUCCCUCAGAGGCUGUUGCUUGGCCACCAGCACAAGUCUGGAAACAGCACUCGAGGUGCAAUUUGGGACAGAGCUCAGGGGCCAGCCAGCAGCUGGUCACCAAGGUGCCAGGUACCUCUCCACUCCCCAGGGCCCUUUCCCUCCCAGUCAUGGCAGGCAGUGGUGGGCCUGCCCCGUGUCCUGAUUGUGGGGUCUGGGACCAGAGACAUGUGUGCUCCCCGGCCCCCCACGAUCAUAUGCAGCAGUGUCUCUGAGCGACGCCACCAGCAGUCACAGGCAGAGACUGUCACCAAGAGUGAGGCCAUGGAGGUGCGUCUCCAUGCUGUGCUGAUCAGUGCUGGCUCUCUGGACUGGUCAGUGCUGCCCGACUAGCCCCUGGAAGCUCUGGGCACCACAUACCCCCGCUUCUGCAGGAAGCCCCUCUACUCCAGCCCCAAGAACUGGCUCCAAGGUCCACUGUGAGGCCAGAGAGCUGUAGCCCACCGUGGAGGGGGGCAGCCCUGUGGGGGUCUGUGCCAUAGGUGGGCUGGGGGCUUUUGGGGGGGUAGCUGACAUUGGCAGCAGUGAGCCCUUUCCCCAGACUGCAGCCCUGGUAAUGGGGAUAGGAAAGGCCAGUGGGACCCCUCUCUGGGGGCUGGGCAGCAGAACAGGGGCCUGGGUGAGUUGGCCUCACUGGCCCGGGACCCUAAGGUGCUCUGGCCCCAGCCCUGCCCCCGAUGCAUCUGGGCUGCGGGGGUGGGAAGGGCAUGUGGUGGGUGGGUGAGUGGGGGCUGUGAUUCAGGCUGAGCUGUCGCAGGCGCCUGUCAGCCGCACGCUGCUGGGGAAGUGUCUGUUCACACAGAAAACACGUUCUGAGCCCCGGGAUCUUCGUCAUCCUUCAGAAAUGCCAACCCUGUGAAUCGAGGUCUGUGCUCUGCUGCUGGCCUGUCGGUGGUGGUGUGGCUUGAGCAGAGGCUUCUGUCUCGGUCCAAGCCCCAGCAGUGACCAGGAAGGUGGCCCCUCCCUCCAGCCCGAGGCUCACUUGCUGGUAGGGGCAGCCCCUCUGCACUGCUGAGCCUGAACUUCGACGUGUGCAUCCAGGGUGCAGGAGGACAGUGGAGGCCGAGUGCAGCCCGCCCGGCUGCAGGUCCCAGGACAGUGGAGCUUCAGGGGACAAAGUGGAGGUUCUCCAGGAGCCGCUGAGGCCUGGGUCCCCCCCAAGCUCCCCCUACACCCCGACCCCCAGCCUGCCUGGCGGGUAGCAGCUCCACGGAAGUAUUUCAUCUCUGCUCAAAGGCAGUAGCUGCUGUCCUGGAGUGAGCCUGGUGGAGGGAGCCUCUCUGGUGGGGACGGGAGCCCUUGAUCCUGCUUCCUCCUCUCCCUCCUGCCUCGGCCCUCCCUGCCUGUCACCUGCCCCAGCUCUGCUGGUCUUUGGAAGAAGCCACUGUGAGAAGCAAGAGGUGCCCACUGUGGGCAGAGCCGUGAGGAUCCCCAGGUCUCUCCAGCAGGCCGAGCUGGGUGCCCGUCAGCCUCCCUGGGGCCUGUCCUGCCUCACUCGGCUGAUCUAAGACAGACACUGAGCCGGAGCUCCUCGGAAUGGAGUGCGGUGCCCGGGGACAUGCUCCUGCAUCAUUCACACGUGGGACAGGAUGGCUGUAGAAGGCCCAGGGCGGUGGCUUUCAGAGACAAUCCGGCCAGCGGUAACGGAAAUCAUCUCCCGGCUGAAUGGAGGGCGGGGGCAGCCUCGAGGAUGGAUUCUUCACUAGAACCUGAACCUGGGUUUCACUGGCCUCUGGAGGGGGUUUUGUCCACUCCAGGGAUGCUUGGCUGGGCCGGGACCUGCAGCCCGCACCCCUCUCUCCCUCCUUCCCACCCUCGGGUGUGUCUGCGCCUUUCGCCUUCUGUCUCCUCUCCCUGACUCCGUUUCUCCCUUCUGAGACUUGGGGCUGCUGGCCCUUUCCUGAGCGGACUGUCACCAGGACGUGUGGA